CGGGCCGUCCGGAUUGGCCGGCCGGGAAGCCAGUCAGCCUGCUGGCCCCGCUGCUCCCGCCCCGCGCCGAGCCCGAGCCGCUCAUGCCCUUUGGCCCCUCUUCGCGGCAGCCACUCAGAGGGCGCCUUCUUGGCAGGUGCAGCGGGGGCAGCCUCCUCAGCCCCUCCAUGAGGCCCGGCGGCGUCGACCGCGGCUCCCUGAUGAUGGGACACCCAGGCAUGCCACAUUAUCCUCCCAUGGGAAUGCACCCUAUGGGUCAGAGACCACCCAAUAUGCCACCAGUUCCUCACGGGAUGAUGCCCCAGAUGAUGCCCCCCAUGGGAGGACCGCCAAUGGGGCAGAUGCCUGGAAUGAUGCAGUCAGUAAUGCCUGGAAUGAUGAUGUCUCACAUGUCUCAAGCUGCUAUGCAGCCUACGGUCCCGCCAGGGGUGAACAGUAUGGACGCCCAAGUAGGUGUAACACCUCCUGGAACUCAGAGCUCUGUUUUGUUUCGCCCUCAGACAACGCAUCCCGUGGUUUGUGCAGCCCAGCAAACUGCCACAACCAACAGCUCUGUUAGCGACGACCACUCCAAACAGAAAUCUACCUGGACAGAACACAAAUCACCCGAUGGGAGAACAUAUUACUAUAAUACUGAAACAAAGCAGUCUACGUGGGAGAAGCCAGAUGAUCUCAAAACACCUGCUGAGCAAUUGCUGUCUAAGUGCCCCUGGAAAGAGUAUAAAUCUGAUUCUGGCAAGCCCUACUAUUACAAUUCCCAAACAAAGGAAUCGCGCUGGGCAAAACCCAAGGAGCUUGAGGAUCUGGAAGCAAUGAUUAAAGCUGAAGAAAACAGCACAAAGCCUGAAGACUCCACUCCGGCGGCGUCGGCUCCGGCGGCGGCAGAAGCAGGGAGCGCAGCCACGGCCGCCACGACGGCGGAGACCGCCGGCGCUGCCACCACCACCACGGCAGCCUCUGCUGGUACAGCAGCCCCCGAAGCAGAAUCUGCUGCAGGUGCUGCUGGGGAAGGUGAGAGCACUGGCACCACCACCACCGAGGAGCAGGGACAGGCAGCUUCUGGCUCUGCCACGCAGGAGCAGAGUGGAGAAACUGCGGCCAACGCAGCAGAUGACUCUUCCAAGCAGGAGGCCUCAGCAGAUGGUGCUUCGAAGAAGGAGGACGACGAUGCCCAACCAGUUAAAAAAACCUAUACGUGGAAUACAAAGGAAGAAGCAAAGCAAGCAUUUAAAGAGCUGUUAAAAGAAAAGCGAGUACCGUCCAAUGCUUCUUGGGAACAAGCUAUGAAAAUGAUCAUUAAUGAUCCUAGAUACAGUGCUUUGGCAAAAUUAAGUGAAAAAAAGCAAGCUUUUAAUGCUUACAAAGUGCAAACAGAAAAAGAAGAGAAAGAAGAAGCGAGAUCAAAAUACAAAGAAGCUAAAGAAUCAUUCCAGCGUUUUCUUGAGAACCAUGAGAAGAUGACAUCCACAACAAGAUACAAAAAAGCUGAACAAAUGUUUGGGGAGAUGGAAGUCUGGAAUGCGAUAUCUGAGCGUGACCGACUUGAAAUUUAUGAAGAUGUCUUGUUUUUUCUGUCUAAGAAAGAGAAGGAACAAGCCAAACAGUUACGAAAGAGGAACUGGGAAGCUUUGAAGAACAUACUAGAUAACAUGGCCAAUGUCACUUACUGUACCACGUGGUCGGAGGCUCAGCAGUAUCUGAUGGACAACCCUACGUUUGCAGAAGACGAGGAACUUCAGAACAUGGAUAAGGAGGAUGCACUGAUCUGCUUUGAGGAACACAUCAGGGCACUGGAAAAAGAGGAGGAAGAAGAAAAACAGAAAAGUUUGCUUAGAGAAAGAAGGCGGCAGCGUAAAAAUAGAGAAUCUUUUCAGCUCUUUUUAGAUGAACUACACGAGCACGGACAGUUGCAUUCCAUGUCCUCCUGGAUGGAGCUCUACCCAACCAUCAGCUCUGACAUCAGAUUCACGAAUAUGCUGGGUCAGCCUGUUUUUUCAUCAGGAUCAACAGCACUUGAUCUUUUCAAGUUCUAUGUUGAAGACUUGAAAGCACGUUACCACGAUGAGAAGAAGAUCAUAAAAGAUAUCCUAAAGGAUAAAGGAUUUGUGGUUGAAGUGAAUACUUCUUUUGAAGAUUUCGUUACGGUCAUCAGCUCAACUAAAAGAGCUACUACUUUAGAUGCGGGAAAUAUCAAGCUGGCUUUCAACAGUCUACUAGAAAAGGCAGAAGCCCGUGAAAGAGAGAGGGAGAAAGAAGAGGCUCGCAAAAUGAAGCGGAAAGAGUCUGCCUUCAAGAGCAUGUUGAAGCAAGCGACCCCUCCGAUUGAGCUGGACGCGGUCUGGGAGGAUAUCAGAGAUAGGUUUGUGAAGGAACCAGCGUUUGAAGACAUCACUCUGGAGUCGGAAAGAAAAAGAAUAUUUAAAGAUUUCAUGCACGUACUAGAGCACGAGUGCCAGCACCAUCAUUCGAAGAACAAGAAACAUUCGAAAAAAUCCAAAAAGCACCACAGGAAGCGAUCGCGGUCUCGCUCGGGCUCGGAGUCUGAGGAUGAUGACAGCCAUUCAAAGAAGAAACGGCAGCGUUCGGAGUCGAGAUCGGUUUCUGAACGUUCUUCCAGCGCAGAAUCCGAGAGGAGUUACAAAAAGUCAAAAAAACACAAGAAAAAGAGCAAGAAGAGAAGACACAAGUCUGACUCGCCAGAAUCGGAUGUUGAACGAGAAAAAGACAAAAAAGAGAGGGAGAGAGAGAGCGAGAAGGACAGAGCCAGACAGAGAUCGGAAUCAAAACAUAAAUCUCCUACUAAAAAACGGCCUGGAAAGGAUUCUGGGAACUGGGACACGUCGGGCAGCGAGCUGAGCGAGGGGGAGCUGGAGAAACAGAGGAGGACUCUUUUGGAACAACUGGAUGAAGAUCAAUGAGAAACCGUUUAUUUAUACCAAAUAUGUUUACAUUGUGGCAUAAUAAAAGAAACCAAUGUCUAAUUCAG